CAACCGGGAUCCAGCCUCCUGGAGACGCUACUGCGGCACGGGAAGGACGCCCUGGUCGAUGGAUACGUCGGACCGGGAUAUGGGAAGGCUAUGACGUCACCAGGAGUUUCGUCUCAGACCCCAAGCUACGUGCCGACACCCGGUGAAAGGACUUCUCCGAUUGUUAACGGGAGUGAUAACACUUCUCAAGAGAGAUUUCGCCGCUCCGUUCCGGACGUUGUUCCCGUUGGUUACGCGCAGGGUUAUCAACCGUUUCCGGCGCAGCCCUCGGCCGAUCCUUGCACCACAACGAUGCUCGACCCCGCCUCCCCCAUGCAGCAGACCGGAUAUCAUGCCUCGACUUUCGCGAAUAACAACAACGUCGGGAACGCCAGUCCGACCGGAACCAGCGAGUAUGGAGAGGAUCAGACCCAGCGGCAGGUCGAUUAUCCUUGGAUGAAGUCCGGCUAUGCAAACGCUGACGUAAGCGGGGCCGGUCACAAGCGUACGAGGCAGACGUACACGCGUUUCCAAACCCUGGAACUGGAGAAGGAGUUCCACUUCAACCGCUACCUGACUCGAAGACGCCGUAUCGAGAUCGCUCACGCGCUCUGCUUGACGGAACGGCAGAUCAAGAUCUGGUUCCAGAACAGACGGAUGAAGGCCAAGAAGGACGGCAAGGUCGGUUACAGCCCCAUAGAAUCCACGACCCUCGAGGAAGGCCCCAACCAAGCGGACACCCUGCUCAUGACGAACACCUCGGCGACGACGAUGAUGCUGCAGAGCAAUUCCGCGCCCUCGACCCCCCAGCAGUCACUGCUUCACCGGCAAGGCCCUCAUCCUCAUUCUCAUCCUCCUCCACCUCCUCCUCCUCCUCCUCCUCCUGCUCAGCAACAGCAACAGCAUCUGCACGCGGCCUACUUGAGCAGCUACCACAAUCACCACCAGCAUCACCACCAACACCGGCACCAGGGAUCGUAUGGAAAUCAGCAAGCGCUUCUACAGCAGCACCAUCAGCAGCAAGAGUUCAGCCAGGAACGGCAAAGCUACGGUCAGACCGGACUCGAUCUUCACGCUGCUACGUGAACGGGAAAGAGAAGGCCGCCCGGCUAAGAUCGGGCAGCUGACCCUGCAACGCCGAUGAUUUAUGGCUAACCGAGCUAAACAGCCAGGCGAGUCCUACUACGACCAGCCAGGUAAAGACGGGCCAAAAGUUUACGUGCCUUCUUCUCGCUCCUUCCUCGCACCGCGUCUUUCAAACACUCUCUACAGCACUUCGGAAUACUCUAGCUUCGUCCGCUCCGCUCGUUCACGCCGCAUUUCGCAACGCACCCUCGGUCCCAUCUCAUAAUUUUACACUCCCGUAACCCGACCACGGACUGUUUCUCAAAUAUUUUGACUCUUCGCUUGGGAUUUAU